AUGAUACCUUCUUCUUCUUGCUUCGCUCUGCUCCUUGUUCUCUUCCUAUUCCACCAACCCUUCUCUUCUACAGCCAAUCUUCACAAACUCAACACAAAUCCCCUCCUCAAAUCUGCCCUCCGCAGCCCGCCGCCAGUCGGCGACGAACUCUCCUCCGCCCAAUCCUCCGCCGCCGUGUCCCCAACCGUCUUCUUCGAAGUAACAAAGCCCAUCCCACUCCCCAAAACAGAGCCCUGCAAGCACAUCGUUCUCCAGCACGAUUUCGGCUUCACCUACAACCAGCCCCCGGUCCUCGCCAGUUACUCCCCUCCAUCUCACUGCCCCUCCUCGUCUCACGGUUUCUCCAAAAUCGUCCUCGAAUGGAACGCCACUUGCAAGGGGAGGCAAUUCGACCGCAUCUUCGGAGUCUGGCUCGCCGGCGUCGAGCUUCUCCGGAGCUGCACGGCGGAGCCGAGGCCCAAUGGGAUCUUCUGGACCGUACGAAAGGACAUCACCAGGUACUCCUCUUUACUGCUCAAGAACGAGAACCAGGAUUUAGCUGUCUUCCUUGGGAACAUCGUUGAUCAAACCUACACUGGAAUCUACCAUGUCAAUGUGAGCAUUUACUUUUACCCUGCGGAAGAGAAGAAACACGGAUCUGGGGCUCCAAAUUCGGCUGAUUUGAUCCUGCCCAUUUCGCGAAAUGUGCCGUCCAAUGAUGGGUUGUGGUUCGAAAUCCAGAAUUCGACUCAGACUGAAUCGAAGCAGUUCGAGAUCCCCCAGAAUGUUCGUAGGGCUGUGCUGGAGGUUUAUGUUUCGUUUCAUGAGAAUGAUGAGUUCUGGUUCACCAAUUACCCCAAUGACUACAUCGUUGCGAACAACAUUUCUGGUGCUCUAGGAAAUGGACCAUUUAGGGAAGUUGUGGUCAGUCUUGAUGGAGUUACAGUUGGUGCUGUUUGGCCUUUCACUGUGAUCUACACUGGUGGAGCGAAUCCUCUGCUGUGGAGGCCAAUUUCAGCAAUUGGAUCGUUUGAUCUCCCUACUUACGACAUCGAAAUCACUCCGUUUCUGGGAGGCAUGCUCGAUGGGAAGGCCCACGAGUUUGGGUUUAGCGUCACAAACGCAUUGAAUGUCUGGUUCAUCGAUGCUAAUUUGCAUCUUUGGCUGGACCAUCAUAAUGCCAAAACUGAAGGGCAGCUCAUGCAUCACCAUGAUCAGCUCGAUAUCUCUUCUCAGUCGAAAUUUAAUGGCUUGGAUGGGGAAUUUCAGACAGGUGCAGGCAGAUCGAUCUCUUCCAAAGGAUGGCUAGUAUCUUCCCAAGGGAAUAUCACCACCCGGUUUAGCCAGCAUUUUGGAUUCAAAAACAUCAUGGAGAUGGGAAAAGAUGGGAAUCUGCAGAUUGUAAGGCAGGUGAUUCUCUCAAAUGACAGUGUCUCAUUUUCUUCCCAUGCUCUUCGAUCAUUUGGAUCGCGUAACAACUUCAGCUUGGACUUCUACUCUGACUUCAAGGAGGAACCGAAAAAUGUUGGUGCUUACAUUAUAAAUGUCACAUUGGGGUUUGACAAGAAGAAGUCCGGUGACAGCUAUGAUUCUCGGUCUAAGAGCUCAUCUCUGCAUAAUCAGCAGAGUGGGCAAAGUGUUAUGAAGGUGAAGAACAACUUGGUGAUCAGUGGAGUUGGUGCGACGCAACAGCUAUACGAAUAUGUGGGUGAGCCGGUGUGUUAUUUCAGGAACAUAAGCAGCUUUAACUACACCAUUCUUUACGACAAGGAGGGCAAUACUUGCUACAAGAAGAAAGAGGGCUACGUAGAUUUUAAGGUUCCGAGGCUCUGGCCGUUCUCGAGCAGGAGGUCGUUCAUGGCAUCAUCAUCUGGAUUGCCGGGUGAACACUGA